UUAACCCUUUCCACUACCGCACCUCCGCUUACAGAGGAACGGAGGCGAGGCUAUCCAUUCCGUCAUUGGCUGAGGCCACAGCUAUUGCGUUCCAGUCGUGCUGUGACUGGACCCGGUGUCUGUCAGUCAACGGCUGGCUUCUGCUGAGGCUCUGGAGAGAGGGAGAUGUCAGAGGCUGAGCUGCGCCCUCCCCUCAGUAGCGCUAGUGGGGUUCAGCAGCCAGCAUGGCCACAGCUGCCUCCAGCCCCUACACCCUGCUCAGCUCUAGCCCCAUGCUCCACCCGGACAGCCAGGCCAUGCAGCCCGCAAGCCCCUUCCGAGGCCACCAGAAGCUGCUCCAAAGCGACUACUUGCAGAGCGUCCAGAGUAACGGCCACCUCGGGCACCAGUGGGUCAGCAGCCUUGGAGAGGGCAGCCCCUGGUCGGCCUCUAUGGAGCAGCAGGACGUCAAGCCGGGCCGAGAGGACCUUCAGCUCGGCAUCAUCCAUCACCGCUCUUCGCACGUAGCUCAUCACUCGCCCCACCACAACAAUCAUACCAACCACCCCGGAGCUUGGGGGACUCCUGUCUCUCACAACUCUUCCAUCACCAGCGCCCAACAGAUCAACAUUUACUCCCAGACGGGUUUUUCGGUGAACGGUAUGCUGGACCACGGAGGGCUCACCCCUCCGCCCAAUCCCCAGAGCCAAGGCAUGCACCCCGGCCUCAGAGACACACUAAGCCCAGAUCAGAGCGACCUUGGUGGGCACCACUGUCACGACCACUCCGACGAGGAGACGCCGACAUCAGAUGAACUGGAGCAGUUUGCCAAGCAGUUCAAACAGCGGAGGAUCAAGCUAGGCUUUACGCAGGCGGACGUGGGUUUGGCACUGGGCACCCUGUACGGGAACGUCUUCUCCCAGACAACCAUCUGCAGGUUUGAAGCUCUCCAACUGAGCUUUAAAAACAUGUGUAAGUUGAAGCCGCUGCUAAACAAGUGGCUGGAGGAGGCGGAUUCGUCCACGGGGAGCCCGAGCAGUAUUGACAAGAUAGCUGCGCAGGGGAGGAAGAGGAAGAAGAGGACGUCCAUUGAGGUGAGCGUGAAAGGAGUUUUGGAGACCCAUUUUCUUAAGUGUCCAAAGCCCGCUGCCCAGGAGAUCUCCUCGCUCGCGGACUCACUUCAGCUGGAGAAGGAGGUGGUGCGUGUGUGGUUUUGCAACCGGCGACAGAAAGAAAAACGAAUGACUCCGCCAGGAGAGCCACCGCUCGAGGGACCGUACUCUCACAGUGGGAGCGCAGGAGAUGCCUCCUCGUGCCAUGAUCUCUGACCGAGGUACUGGGAGUGAUCCCCCCGCGAGACUCUCAAGCGCAUGGGAGCACAUUGGCACCGGGAGUGAUGCUCCUCCUUGCUCCCAUGACUGUCCCGUACAAACUCAUGACUCCAGCACUGAGAAACACGACAAUAACAAUAACAGAGAAAUACCUGUUCAGCCUUUGCCAUUUUAUAUAUCUGUUCUGGGGGGCAUUGUUGCGCGCACAUCAAAUGUCUAAUUUCUGAAAUCAUUUCUGGACCCAGUCAGUUGCCAAAUUAUUUUCUACGACAUCAAGGAUAUGAAUACAAAAAUGUGCCUAAUAACCUCCCAGCAACGCCUUGGUUUGUCUCCUCGUUGUCCCGCAGCUGGUUGUUCAGUAAUAACCAUUUGGGGAAUUUGACUGAUAUAGUUUUCAUUUUUAAUUUUGCGUGUGGUUUUGGCUUUUCAUCUUUUUUGUUUUCUAUAAGUCUCUUUACAUAAAUAAUGUAUGGCUAUUUGAAUAUUAAUUGGUGUGCAAUGCAAAUAAUAAUCACAUGUAUCUUAGGAUCUGUUUUGAUAUCAUGCACCGCUGUUAGGAGACCACGGAGGCCAUUUUACAAAGCACCUCGCGCGACGCAAACCAUAGGCCUAUCUUUUGAUUUAAAACAUGUUUUUCAUAUUUUAUUAUUUUCUACAAUAUACCUGUAUUUAAGUACUAUUGUGUCCAUAUCAAUACACCUUGAUUUGAGUUUUUUUAAAUUAUAGAACAAUAACCUAACGACACUAAAGCACUUGGAGGAUUUGAUCUCAACUGUUCCAUCCACAACGGUGUAUUGUCCAGAAAAGCAACACACACUUGUUCUGUGGUUCUAUUUAUAAACUCAAUAAUUUGAUAUAAACCACCAUCAUCGACCAUAUAACUGUGUAAACUCAGAAACAGAAAGCCGUGAAUUAGGUGAGUCGCAUCGAAAGUCGACGAUAUACACUUGCCUAUAAUUAUUUUAUUGUACGUUCAAUAUCUAAAGUUUUAUAAUCUUAAAUACUCCUGUUAUUGCUUUUGUUUCUUAAAUAUUUUUUUCGAAUAUUGUACAGUUUUGUAUAUUACAAACUUUUUGAGGUCAUUAAUUUAAACAAAUUCUCUUUAGUUAUCCAAACACUUGCAUUGUUAAAAAGAACACACAAAAACAACUCAAUAUUUUCAAUAAAAAUAUGACUGUUUCGGCGCUUUUAUUCCAAAUUUCAAUGACAAGUGAAGCAAUUAUUUAUUUUCAGUAUAAAGCUUGUAUUAUGUUUUGAAACAAACUAUGUAUGUUGUAAUAAACAACCUUGUUACAAUGGGG